CGCAGGGGGGAAUCCGGCCGCGCCGAGCCCGGCCUGGCGGCUCCGCGCAGCUUCGCCCCCCUCCUCCUCCUCCUCCUCCUCCUCGCGGGAGCGCGGCCGGCCCCGCUCCGGAAAUGCCGUUCUCGUGAGUUGUGCAAGGAGCCUACAGGACUGUAAUGUCUUACUCUACAUGGAAUAAGAACUCUUUGAAGUUUUCGGGCUGUACCCAACUCUCUGCAAAACUAACAAAUCAGCUGAAGCACCUACUGAUAAGGAUCAGCCUUGGUAAAAAACCACACUGUGGUAGUUAAAAGGCAUUUCUAGGUGGCAGAGACAUGGUGAAGCUCUGUGUGGGGCCAGGAGAGCUGAUGGGGCAGCUUUGUUUGUAACCCAGGAUGGACUGGCUGUGACGGCGUGCCUUAGCUGGAGAGGCAGUUACCAUGAAGAGUUCCUGCAGAGCUGGCCUCCACAGGGAACCACUGAAUUCCACAUCCUCCACCUUCCAUCAAGUCAAACGGGUUUCUGGUAUGCACUUAAAGCCAUAUCUCAAGUUACAGAAGAAGGAGCGAUCUCCAGAAAUAAGCCAGGAUUCCCUGAGGGGCCCACCUGUGAGCCAUCAGAGAUCAGCACAAGAAGAGAAAUACACCAACAACUGCACCAAACUGAACGUUUUCCCAAAACCCUCCCUCCUGACUCCAUCUCGAAAGCUUCUGGGGAUUAUUUAUCCAAAUACUAUGUGCAAUAUGAACGGGAAAGGUCCAGCGGAUGGUCCAAGUGCAAGGGAAAAGAAGAACGCCCUGUCUGCAACGAUCCACCAGGGAGAAGAAGGGGAAGGGCCUCUGGAUGUCUGGGCUGUAGUGAAACCUGGCAAUACCAAGGAGAAGAUUGCCUUCUUCGCAGCCCAGCAGUGCAGCAGCAACACCCGCCUGGGCUCCAUGAAAAUUAAGAGCACGUGGGACAUCGACGGGCGAACAGCGAAACGCCGGAAAAAAUCGGUAGAUCUUAAAAAAGCCAAAAUUCAACUGGAGAGAAUGAGGGAGGCCAACUCCAGGUGCUCCCAGCCGGAGCCUUUUGCCUGUGGCAUCGAGCACUGUUCGGUGCAUUUUGGGAAUGACAACGGGGAGGGUGUGUUCCCGGGCCGGUCCCUCUCGGUGAUCGAGAUGGUGGCCUUCCUGGAGCAGCGGGCGAGCGCCUUGCUGGUGGACUGUGCAAAGUCCUGCACGGCUGCUUCUACCACCAGGCUGAGCGCUCAGCCCAGAGCUCUGCUCCCCGUCUCCGACCCCUUCUCCUCGGCCGGGGCCUGCGAGGUGCACGGGGAGAAGGGACCUUGUGGUGGCGGCGAGCAGCAGAGCGAGCCCGUGCGCGUGCUGGACAUGGUGGCCAAGCUGGAGUCGGAGUGUUUGAGGCGCCAGAGCGAGCGGGAGGCCGGGAGCCUCUCACGGAACAACAGCUUCCGCAGGAAUGUGGGGAGGGUGCUCCUGGCGAACGGCACCCAGCCCGAGGGAGAGGUGGGGAAGGUCUCCUCGGGGGGCCAGGCUCUGGGGGAUGGUGGCUUGGAGGAGGCAGGGGUAGCAGAGGCUGGAUACGGAGGGCGGUGCGGUCCUCUGGGUGAUGCUGAGCUGUGGGAUGGUGCUGCCUGUGCUCGGCAUCCUUUUCCUUCCGGGCUGGAUGCUGGGGUGGGGAACGCGAACCCGGGGCUGGCUCACGCGGUGUUGGCGAUAACCUCCGGCAGGAGCGACUCGGAAGCGCAGCUGGAGCCUCCCAGGGCUCUGCUCUCGGGGUGCCCGGCUGCUGCCAGGCUGCCAGCAGAUCCCUUGCAGAGCAAGAACGCUGCUGGUGAUUGUACGUCGGAAGAGCCUGGGAUUUUCCCAAGGCAGAGCCUGCACCCUGCUAGGCAGGAGCCCCUGUGCAUCAGUAUAUCCGUCACCAAGACCGAGAGAGGAUGCAGGAGAGAGAAGCUUUCUGACUGCAGCUCUAGUGAAGACCCCCUCCCAGGGAGGCUGUUUUUCCUCCAAGCUGACCAGCCUGCCGCUCGCGAGCAACAGGCGCUACGGGAAAGUACCCAAGAAAAGCCAGGAGAAGCAGCUCAGAAUGAGGAUGAGGAUGCUUUGGCAUCUGACAGACCGUGCGUCGGAACCCGUGUCCCUACAGAGCCAUCUGCCCUUCCUGUGCCACCCACAGAGGGGGCUUUGCAAGUACUUGAUGCUUCCUGCUUGAAAAGGCAGGUCUCGCAUGACUUUCUGGAGACCAGGUUUAAAAUCCAGCAGCUUUUGGAGCCUCAGCAGUAUAUGGCCUUCCUGCCUCACCACAUCAUCGUGAAAAUCUUUGGGUUGCUUCCUACUAGGAGUCUGGUUGCCCUAAAAUGCACUUGCUACUACUUCAAGUUCAUCAUUGAGUACUACAACAUCAGGCCAGCAGACUCCCGCUGGGUCCGUGAUCCCCGCUACAGAGAAGACCCCUGCAAGCAGUGCAAGAAGAAGUAUGUGAAGGGGGACGUGUCCCUCUGCCGGUGGCAUCCCAAGCCAUACUGUCAAGCUUUACCCUACGGGCCUGGGUACUGGAUGUGCUGUCACCGGUCUCAGAAGGGCAUCCCGGGCUGUAAGUUAGGUCUCCAUGACAAUCAUUGGGUUCCUGCCUGCCACAGCUUUAACCGUGCUAUCCACAAGAAAACCAGAGGAGCUGGAGCUGAAGUGGAAGAGGAAUAUUAGUGCACAUCCACUUUUCCUGCAGGAUUGGUUGGGGUAGGAGGAGAUUCUCAUGCCUUGUGCUGUUUACAGUGUAUAUAAUUGUUGUGGUUUGUUGUUGUGUGUUGUUUUUUUUUUCCACAGGGCUAUGAAACUGCACAUCCUUAAACACAAGAGCCUUUACCUUUUAGAUCAAAGAGCUUUUAGUCCAUCUGUGUAAAUAACACUAUAAAAACUAAUUGUACAUAUACAGAGUCUUACAGCUGGCUGAACAACGUAAUCACUACAAUGCAGCUAUGAUAGUGUUGCAGCUAUAGUUGUGUGUGUUUUUAAGUGUCUUGUUUCAAAAAUCUGUAUAUCCUGUAUAAUAUAUGAAUGUUUCUGAGAAGAAACUCUAAAUAGGUAAAGGUCAACUUGUUGAAAGAGUCUUCGGUCAACUUAACUGGACAACCUUAAAAUUAGACUAGGCCAGAUCCAUUAUAGUAGUGUGGCAGUGGAUAAAAAGAAAAGAAUAUUAUUGUAUAGUCAGAAUAUAAAAAAUUCUUGUCUACCUUACCUGUGUUGUCUGGUUGGGUUUUUUUUUUUUUUACUUAAAUGAAAUGUGCAUUCUAGAUCUGCCUUACCUGAUUUUCUCUUGUAAAACUCUUGCCCCCAAAUAAAAGUACUGUAAAACCUG